AUCAGUGCGGACUGCAGACAGGCUUUUCCGGUCAUUCCGUGCGUCCCGAUGAUCGCUGUUGCUGCUGCUGCUGCUGCUGUGAUGAAGAGGAUGAGACUGUCCUGUGGCGGAUCAUCUGACAGACCGGACUGCUGAAGGCUCCCAUUCGUUUCUCCUCGGAUCUUAUAAGACACCGGCGAAAGGUAAAAGCACCGGCGGGUACACUUGAGUCUGCCGGGACAAAUGUCUGUGAGACAGAGAGGAGAGCUGAUGAUGGUCGGAGUAGGAGGAGGAGGAGGAGGAUAAUAAACAACUGUAUGUUAAUAAUUUAGGGUGUGUAUUUUUAAUUCUAAUUAACAUGAGAAUAUAAUUCAUAAAUUGCGAUAUGACGACAUUUUUUGCUGACCCGCCAUCACCCAUAACUUUAUGACCAUCUAGUGACCUGGCUGCUGCAGUGCACCCCAGGGUGCAUUAGAGCUGUGGUUCCCAACCUUUUUCCUUAAGGGACCCCUUUUUAUCGAGCUCCAUGAGUCUCCACCUUGAAGACUAGAACACAUCCAGACUGCUGUAGUGUCCUGACAUGAUGGGGGGGUCACUCUGGAUUUCCCAUGGUGCCUCUGAAGCGGUGUUUAGAGGAAGGAGCUUCAUCACUGUUCUACCUCUGGCUUUAUUGUUGCAAACAGUGAGAGUCAGUGCACAGUUCAUAGCAAGUCCUCUGGACUGCCAAAAGACCUGUGUGUGUGCCAGCAACAUCGUCAGCUGUUCCAAGAUUAAUCUAACCAACGUCCCCAUCGCUCUUCCACCAUAUACAGCUGUUUUGGACCUGAGCUUUAACGACAUCACCAAGCUACGUGCUGAGUGGACCCCUGUGGCUCUUACCCGACUACACACCCUGCUGCUCAGCCAUAACGGCCUCACCUUUCUCUCCUCUGAGGCGUUUGUUUAUGUGACAAAGCUGCGUUACCUGGACCUUUCCUCUAAUGGGCUCCGCCUGCUGGAUGAGUUCAUUUUUGAGCCGCUGGAGCACCUGGAGGUGCUGCUGCUUUAUAACAACCGCAUCUCUCAGAUAGACCGCUCUGCCUUCUCCGGCCUCGUCAACCUGCAGAGGCUCUACCUUAGCCAGAACAUGAUCACACGCUUCCCCUUGGAGCUGGUGAAGGAGCGGAGCCGGCUUGAAACUCUUAGACUGCUGGAUGUGUCCUCCAACCGAAUCAAAGCCCUGCCCCUCCAUGAGCUUCAGGCUCUGCCCGCCUGGAUCAAGAAUGGCCUGUACUUCCACAACAACUCACUGCCCUGCAGCUGUGAGGUGCAUGAAAUGGUGGCACGCUGGCACCUGAAGGAGCUCAGCUCUGUCAUGGACUUCAAGGACAGCCACACUUGUGUGUUACCAGGCCCACAGAAAGAGAGAAUGGCCAUACUGGACCUGGACAAGGUCUAUCUGAACUGCAGUGAGGUGAAAAUUUUGGACAAAGAAGCCUAUCUGGAGCAGUUCCUGGUACUGGACUGUGACACCAGGGAGAAGGACAUGAAAAAGUGUUGGGUGCUGCCUGGAAACAUCCCAGUGUCUCCACUAGACAAGACAUUUGUGGUGCGUCCUGAUGACAGCCUUCAGAUUGGCCCUCUAAAGGCAGAGGACUCGGGGGUCUACACCUGCUAUGCCAACAAUGACUCCCUCAAUGAGACAAUAUAUGUUACUGUAAUGGUGUUUAAUUCCACCAAGAGUGGUGGACUGGAGAACCUAAAGACGGCCUACACCACCCUCGUAGCAUGUCUGAUCAGUAUAGUUAUGAUUCUCAUCUACCUCUACCUCACACCCUGCCAAUGCGCUUGUUGUCCAGGUCAGGGCCUGACAAAAAGCGACGCCGGAGACAGCCUCCACUCCUCAACCAUUAGCAUCUCUCAGGCACACGAAGAGACAGGGCAAGAACGAGUGGAAGGCGGAGGCUUCGCCUACAGACAUGCGGCCUUCCUGCAACACAAGGAGCAGCUGGAGCAGAACGGGAGGUUGAACCCAAUAGGUGAGGAAGAUGAGGAGUGGCAGGGGGAUAACACGGAGAGAAGGAGGUCUGACGCAGAGUCUGUCAGCUCUGUGUGCUCCGAUACCCCCAUGGUGGUGUAACAGUCAAUGCAUGGCCUGCAGGAUUAGAUAGUGAUGGCUCGACUCACGUGGAUGCACCACAGAGAUUUCUAUGCUUUGAACAUGCAAGAUUCAGAAGGUAAAGCAUUAGUGGGCUCUCACAGCUGGCGGCACUGUUACAGUAGCAUGUACAGUGGAUAAAAAAUAAAAUAGAGCAACGUCUUGAUUAAAAAUCACCCCAAAACAUGUCGAGAAAUGUGGUUAAAAUGAAUUGUGAGCUAAUAUAUUUUGAUGAAUGCAUUUAUUCUAUGACUUUACUUAAUUUGUCUUUAAAAGAUGCUUUUAAUGCUCCUAUUAUUUCAAUAAUUUCACUUUUACUGCACAUUAUUGGCUGGAUCUGCAAAAAUAAUUGCUAUGCAAGUAAGAACAUACAAAUUUAAAAUAUAUUUUUAGCUUUUUUUUAUGGAAGUCCCUAAAAAAAUUAAGACAUACUAACUCUUAGCACUAAUUACUCAGAGACAACAAACAGCAUGAAAGCCGCUUGCAUCUAAACAUCUUGCGACUGCACUUUAAAUAAAAGUUAUCCAGCUUUUUUAUGCAGUCGGGAUGAAGGCACUACAAAGAUUCAAGUUUCAGUGAUGUUGGACAAACGUUGCUGCUUGAAAGAGAAGCUACUUUUUAUGCAGAGCUUGCAGAGCUCACCUAAUUAUCACUGCGAGAUGUUUAAUAUUUAUGCCGUGUUUUACAUUCCUGUUUGGUUUUGUCUGCCUUUAGAGGACACAAUACUGUAAGGAUUACUCUUAUGCAAUUUUAUCCUUUCAUGUUAUUUUAGAUUUGAGGGUGAUUUACGCUCAGUUAAUAAUAUAUGUGUUUGCAGUAAGUGACCUUCUGUUGAAGUGUUUUUUUAAAUACUGCUUGGUAUGCAAGUCUAUUUUAAGUCAUGUUUGCUUCAGCAUAAUUACAGAAUCAUUAAACCAGCCUGUUGUGAUACAUCGUACUUUAACUGUAAUUCACUUUACUCAGAAAUCAUAAUUUCUAUUAAAUUUAGUUUGAUUUGUUUCUCCAUAACAAGACACACAUGAUGACAAAAGGUUUUCAGAUAAACAUGAGGACAUCCAGUGUGGUGGCAGUUAUUAAAGGUAUACUAUGUAGGGAUUUACCAAACAGACCUAUACAAAAGUAAUCCCUAUCAGACAUCACAUAUGACCUAUACGAGAUGUGUGGUGGUGUUUUUUUUCUGCAGAGUCUCUGCCCUCUGACUUAUUUUGCUGUGUUCAGGACGUCUCUGGACACAGCAUGCAGGUGAGGUCAGGACGUUUUACAAGGUAUAAAUCAGGUGCCAGACUGUGAGCAGCACACAUUAAAGAGGAAGCUACAAAAAUAUCAGGACCAGGGCCAAUAAAAUGCAAAUAUUGUGAGUCAAAACACCAACCAAAGUGGAUCUGGGGUUGGUUCUUUGUUUCUCUUUUGCUGGUGAUACUGUUGCUGUAGUGGCAGUCCAUCUGAAUAUCAAAAACGCCACAAAUGAGCUGUCGGCAGAGUAACUUAAGUCUGACAGCUUAAAAUGUUUACUUACAAAGUUGAAAUUACACUUAGUCACACAGUAGAAAAACUAUGUGCUCCCAUGCCCUCCACAUGAUGUAAAUUACAAAAUUAAAGGGAGCGUCACCAUCAAAAUCAACAUACAUGUAUUUUAGUCUUUUGUCAUUUUUAUACAAUGUCUGGAAACAAAUUCGGCAUGAUAUUUAAAUUAACUUAUAUUAUAUUUACACAUUGUGGCUCCUAUAGUUGCUGACAAUUCCUGCAUAGUAUACCUUUAAUGUAACACCGAUCACAUACACAUUGUACAUAUAACUGACUGAUGUCUAGUCUUUACAUAAACAUAAAUACAUCUACUGACUAUUAACAGACAAUACAUGAUAUAUUGGUUUAAGAUGAGCCAGUUUCCACCCAGUAAUUGAACUGCACGGUACAUUUUCAGGUGACACUGCAGAAAAUAUUGAAAACAGAAACACCUUUUUAGUAAGAAUAAGUUCCAGUAUCUGUGUUAGACAGACAUUGAUCUCCUUAUUGCAGCAUGUCUGCUUAUUCUAAAUACUUUAGGCCUUAUAUGCAUUCAUGCCAUUUUUAAACAGACAGAUAUAUCACAGCUGACAGCUCUCUGCCGUCAGUGUAGCCACUGCAGGUUUCAGCCUCAGUUAUUCAGUUUGAACUGUUUAGAAAGGGUUAAUCAUGUUUAAAAACACUAUAAAGCCAUUUCUAGUGUAGACUGGCUACAUGACAGCGCGGUCAAACUCCUAAAAUAAAAUACCUACUUUAUGCAGUUAAAACAAUAUGCUCGGUGUCAGACUCAGUCUGCUAACAUAAAUGUACAUCCCGUCACAUUGGGCCGUUAAUAGCAGCCAGGAAGCAUCGCCCCGAGGGAAACAACUGAGAGCAAGUACCAUCCUCUGAAUGCUUCUGGGCAUUAGAGCCCAACCCUCAACAAAUCAGCAAAUGCCAGCCAGCAGUCUCAUAAACACAGUCAGAAAUAGCAGCUAGUAGUGCAGCCAGCAAACAGGCCGCCUGACGCUGAUGAAAUGUAAAUAUAGAAGUAGCCGUUUUCAACAAGUCUUAAUUUCAGUGACAUCGCUGGAAUACCUUCAAAUUGUUGAUUUUAGAAGCUUGCAAAUGCUGUUGUUCAGGCACACAAGGACGUGAAUCAGAACAAGUUAUGUUUUCACAAACUUUAAGUCACUGUCACUGAUGAAUUAUGAUCAUAGAAUAUAGUUUAAAGUAAUGCUACUAUUAAUAUAAACAUAGUUAUUCAUACUAAUAGAAUAAAAACAGUGGAGCAAAUGAAGAGCAGAACAGAUGACACAAGUAGCAAUGUACAGUGAAUAUACUUUUAUUCUGAAAUAACUACUAACCUGUGACUUUUCAUGGUGCUUUUCCAAGAUAGUUUAGGUGAAUCAACACCUGUGAAAAUUAUAGCUCUGAAAAUAUCCUGUCAGCGUGGUCUAAUAGUAUUAUAACCUAGCUACAUCAUGAGGAACUCCACUGACGUGUAUCUCUCAAAGGGGCACAUAAUGUCUACUGAAUGCUAAUGUUGUACAUAUUGUUUCAAAGUUAUAACCAAAGACUUCAUGCUGAGAAUAAAUAGCCUACAUGUUCAGUGUUUACAGUCAGCACAGUCAUGUUAUCAUUAGUAUGUCAAAGUUACCUUCUGUAUUUCUGUGUUACACCACAAACUUAUUAUAUGCAAUCCUGUAUAAGGACUUACUGUAUUUUAUUAUUUCCUGUAUUGUAUCUUGUCUGUUAUUGUAUUGUUCCUGUAUUUCAUAAACUGCAAAAAUAAGGCAACAAAGAGUGAAUGUUGUGUGUUGUAUUCCUGUAAGAUGAAUGCAUUGAAUCUACCAAACAGAGCUGCAGUCACAGAACGUUUAAUGAUAAAGUUAAAGGAGCAGUUCAACAUUUUGGGAAGUACACUGAUUUGCUUUCUUGUCCAGACUUAGAUGAGGAGAUUGAUGCCACUAUCGAUUAAAGGAUAGUUCGGCUUUGUUGAAGUGGGGCUGUAUGACGCACUUAUCUACAAUGUCAGUCGGCACGCUCCCAGUUUGGAGAAGCAGACAGGACUACCACCACAUUAGCUAAGCAAUGUACUGCUGUGGAUGGGACACAGUGAAAGGUCCAUAGUGUAGCACAUAAAAACAGACAAUCGUCUAUGUACAAAAAUAUGAUAUAAUAAAUGACAUAUGUAUAUAAAUAAGACAUGAAAUAUCCCACACUACAUCGUGCAAGUUCAUAUAAGAAGACAUAAUUCAAUAAACUGCACCCACAAACAAGCUGGAGAGCCAGUGGCCCCACUGUCUCCACGAAUGGAUGAUAACAUUUUCUGCGACAGAGAGCCUGCACAUAUAUCGAUAUAUAUAAGAUUUCAAGUAGGCACAAAAAACAUUUACAACCACUUGAAAGUUUAAGAAGCAGUCUCUUUCCGUUAUUACAGGCCACAUUAAGUCUUUGCAUAUUGCUCUUCCUAUAGGAGCGCCACAGGUGGGCAGUAUACAGCAAGGAACAAAAUGCUCCAAAAAGAGCUAUCUUCACAUUAAUUGACCACAAGCUGAAUUUGCAAGAAAGCAUAUUAUCUUGUGCAUACAACUUGUCUGUGGAUGCCCCUAUCAUCAGAUAAAUCAUUGGCAAUAUAAUGGCCGUGAUAUUGAAUCUCAUCACACACUUUAAGAGCAACAUCAGGAAAUACUAAUUUUCUGUCUUUUUUACGUCUAACUAUCAUAAUGUUGCUCUUAUUAGCAUUAUAUUUGGUGUCAAAAUCUGCACCAUAGUUAGAGCAAAUCUUUAACAGCUAUUGUGGGCCAGCACUUUACGAGCAGAAGAGCACCAGAUCAUCUGCAUACAUUAGCAGCAAAACUUAUUUUAGACACCUUUCAAAAAACAAUAUCAGUUUAAGGCCAUGUCCACACAGAGACGAGAUUAGGUGUAUCCGCAAAGGUUUUUUAUCGUAAAGACCUUUCGUAAACACGGAACCAGCGUUUUAGGAGACCAAAUACGCCAGCGUUUGAAACCGGGUCCCAGAGUGAAAAAAUCUGAAGACGCCACCUUCGCGUUUCCGUAUUUACAACACAG